UGCGACGAGAUACACGUUUUAAAAUAACACUGCGGAUUGGGGUUGCUCGGAGUUUGAUUCGAUGGACUUAAACUGAACUAAAACGAACGCAUAUGUAUGUACUGACAAAUAUACCGGGGUCCUGCAUGCCGUUGACACUAGUAACACUAGCGCAAGCUUAAGUCGUAUUCAUCAGAGGUGUUCACAAACUACACCUGCAAACAUGAGUGAUAAAGUGGCUGAGGUGAAUGGGGUAACCUUCUCCGAAGAAAUAGUCCCCGACCGCGAUAGUGUGCAGAGUGCAGGUGUGAAUGUGGGCGACGACAUAGUGUAUGUGAUGUACAAGAGACGCUGGUGGAUGCUGGCUGUUCUGUGCUUCUUGAAUCUGACAAAUGCGCUGGUGUGGUUUAGUUUUGCGCCCAUAGCAACUGUGACUGAAGAGUACUAUGGAGUCUCGCGACAGGCCGUCAAUUGGCUGUCACAAAUCUUCAUGCUUAUAUACAUCCCCACAACCUUUGCUGCCACCUGGGCCCUGGACGCGCACAGCCUGUACUUCGCAUGUUGUAUAGGUGCUGCCUUGAAUGUUAUCGGUGUGCUGGU